UUACACAGGAUUCAAGAUGGAGGAUGAGGGAGAUUUGGAUGAGAUUCCAGAAAUUAAAUAUCAUAGAAAACUAGACAGAUCGCCUGAAAAGGCUAAAAAAUUAAUGAACGAUUAUGACAAGAAAUUGAUCAGCGAGUUUCGCAGAGCAAAGGAAAAUACUCGGUUGAAAUUAGUGGAUUUACAAGAUGAACUCGAUGACAGAGACAAGGUGAUAGAGCAGGAGAGGGAACUACGGCUGGCAGCAGAGGGCAGGCUCCAGGCACAUCUAACUGACCUGUAUAACAGCCCAGAGGUCAACCAGGAACUCAGGGACCGCCUUCCCCGUGCCAACAAAACUGACCCCCUAGUGUCACUCAACAAUGACGGAGUAGAGGAGGAAGUCAUAGAAACAAUGAAGAAGAGUUCAGACUGCCCAGUUCAGAGCUCUACAUCAGCAGCUGUCAGUAAUGCUGCACAUGAUAUCUCAGAAAUCGAGAACCAGAUUAUCCCUGAUAAGGAGGACCAGUCACAUGACAAGAAAAAGGCUUCACCCUCAGCACCUGUGGGAACAACACCAUCCAGUCCCCCCAGAAGACCAAUGACAUCCUCCAUGACAAACCCUACACAGUUCUCAUAUAACCCCUUUGGAAACUACACACCCUCCUUUAUGCAUUCUCCCAUGUACCUCAACCAACCCUACCCUGCAGGCUACCUAAGUCCCUCCUUGUUUUCCUACAACAUGGGUUCCCCCAGGGGUCAGCCAAUAAGACCCGCUUUUACCUCCAGUCUUCAGCAGAACCCAGGGGCUCAGGGCUCUGAAGAAACCAUUGUCUCCCAAGAUUCAACCACUGCCUCUUCAGAAAAUGUAGAUGCCCCAUUAGAAAUGACUGACCUCAAUUCAAGUCCUCAAAAAGAGGCCAAGUCAUGUGACCAGCAGCCCUCCAAUGGGUUAGGGCCCCAGACAGGCUACAGCCCUUUUGCUGCAGCAUCCCCCCUAAGAAGUGCCCCAUUUCUACCUCAUAGUUCCCUCCAAGUGCAAUCUUCAUCACCUGGCCUGUUUCCUGCGUACUCACAUGGUUAUGGACUUGCGGCAUCCAGUAGUACUACAGACCAGACCAAACAAAUAUCUCUUCUACUGUCUGAACUCGAUGCUGCAAAAGCACAAAACAAAAGAUUAGCAGAGAAGCUGGCCCAGUGUGAACAUGAUCUGGAAACUUCUUGUCUGAAGCUGAAAACAAAAGAGGUGGACGCUAAGGGAAGCACGGACUCCUCUGCUGCAGCAGGUAUGGUACAGGAAGUCCACACAGCCCAGAGGAAGAGGGAAGAGAGCAUGAUGGGAAGGAUGAAGCUGAACAGCCAGGAGAAGGAGGAAGCAUUAAGGAGACUGAGGGAGCUGGAACGAAGACUGGACGAGGGUUACUCAGACAACACGGACUUAUCAGAUUUUGAUGACCCUGAGGAGGACGAGGUCACCGAGGGCAUUGACAAUUUAUUGUCCCAGAUCGACUCAAACUAUGGGGUAGACAAGAAAUACAACUCAUUUCUACGGCGAUUAGAACUGGUCAAACAACGACAAAGGGAGAUAACUGAGGAGGAAAUGAACACUUUGCUGGAGGAGAGAGACAUUGCUUUGUCAAGGGCAAGAAAGCUCGAAGAGGAAUUGUUAAAGUAUCAAAAAGAAAACACAACUUCAAACAACGAGCAACAUCUAAGGGCAAAACUGGCAAUUCUCCAACAAGAGCGCGAUCUGGCACUUGCGCAAAAUCGACAACUCGCGGAUGAAAUUCAGACGAUACGCAUCUACUACAGCCUCCACAAAUCCCUCACCUCGGAGCCCCAGUCCACGGAUGAAGUCAACUCACUUCAUCCCUUCAAGUCCUCGAUGAGUAACAACACAGAGAAGGAAAAGCGCCAUCUGGCGGAACAACUAGCAGAGGAAAGGCGGGAAAAAAGUCACCUGCAGACGGAACUUGAAAAAAUGGAGGCCCAGAUCGGAGAGAAUGCGCGGGAACACGAAAGGUUAAAUAAUUUGGUUGCUGCUUUAAGACGAAAGUUAAAGACAGAGUUGGCGAAAGCUGAGUCAGCUGUUUCAAAUGACACGUCUUAUGACAAAAGAACUAGUUAAUGAUCGAUUUUAAAAAUUGUUUCCCUUCUUUUUAACCUCUUUGCGGCCUUGAUGUAAUUUAUCUACAUAUAUACUAGUACGUGAAUUAACUUGU